UAUAAGGUUAUGUACAUUUAAAUCAAUUCGUGUAUUAUUUAUACUAUAACGAAUGUGUAUUUUUAAGUGUAUAUAAUAUUUUUUCUUUAAAAGAAAAUAUUUUUUUGGAUCAUUUAUAAUGCGAAUAUUGGAACUAUACAGCGGUAUUGGCGGAAUGCAUUAUGCCUUUCGAGAAAGUGGAGUGGUUGGAAAUAUUAUUGGUGCAGUGGAUAUAAAUCCUGUUGCCAAUAAUGUAUAUAAACAUAAUUUUCCAGAAGUCUUGCUCAUGAACCGCAACAUUGAAUCUAUAAGCGAAGAGGAAAUUAUAAAUCUAAAUAUAAAUAUGAUACUUAUGAGUCCUCCUUGUCAACCAUUUACUAGAGUAGGAUUGCAAAAGGACAAAUUAGAUAACAGAUCGUGUUCACUGUUUCACCUUUUACAAAUUAUACCACAAAUUUCAUCUUUGAAAUAUAUAUUAUUGGAGAAUGUGAAGGGAUUUGAAAACUCAGAAACAAGAGUAGAAUUACUAAAGUGCCUUAAAAAUAGCAAUUUUAAUUAUAAAGAAUUAAUUUUAAGUCCAAAUCAAUUUGGCAUUCCAAAUACAAGGCAUAGAUAUUAUUUGCUUGCUAAAAAAAAAGGUUUAAAAUUUUGUUUCAAUGAUUCUGUAUUAGACCAUAGCCUUUCUCAAAGAUUGAUAACACUUCUUCCACAAAGUAAACAUCAGCUGCUCAUAGAAAAAGAUCAUGUAGAUAAUAUAGAAUGCGGUAUUAUCUGUUAUAAAUUAAAACAUAUUUUAGAAAAUUGUGAAGAAUCAUUAUACUUAAUUCCUAGAAAUAUUCUACAGAAACGAGCUACAUUGUUAGAUAUAAGAACAGCAGACAAUUGUGGAUCUUGUUGUUUUACAAAAGCUUAUGGACAUUAUAUUGAAGGUACAGGUUCUGUGUAUUGUCCAUUUUCAGAAGAAAUAGUACAAAAAAAACUUAUUGAAUCUACCAAAUAUGAAAAAUAUUCAGAAGAUCAAUUACAACUUUUUUUAUCUUUGAAGUUGAGAUAUUUCACACCAAAAGAAGUAUCUAGAUUAAUGUGUUUUCCAGAAGAUUUUACAUUUCCAAAUAGUACAACAACUAAACAAAAAUACAGAUUAUUAGGUAAUUCAAUUAAUGUUGAUGUAGUUAGCAAAUUAAUAUUUUUAUUGUGUACUAAAGAGAAUGAGAAUAUAUGAAGUAUUUAUUUAACUAAAAGUAUUUGUGCGUUACAAAUUAUAUAGAUUUUACAACAUUAUUAUAACAAUUUUAUAUUCAAAGUUAAUAAAAGCAUUAUAGAAUUGUUGAUAUACAUAAUGUACCAUGAAAAGUACA